GCGCUUCCACACGCGCUUGCGUUUUCCCUCGCCGCUCCAGUUUAGUGCGCAUGCGUAGUACAGCGUGGAGGCGUUCAGCGAGCGAGUGUCGUGUUGGAGCAUGAGAACAUGGUGAAAUGGGUUCCUCUCGAACCCGCAGCCUGCAGGUGUUUGACACGGAGUUGAGCGCGGACACUGUGGAGUGGUGUCCCCUGCCUCAGUACGCCCACAUUCUAGCUUGUGGCACUUACCAGCUUCAGAAAGACGACGAGAAGAAUCCCAGCAGGAUCGGUCGACUCUACCUUUUCCAGUUUGACCAGCAACAGUCUUUUAUUCCUCCACUGACCGAGAUACAGCGCACUGACACUCCAGCUAUACUAGAUCUGAAAUGGUGUCAUACCGAGAUGUAUGGGCGCCCACUGCUGGGAAUGGCCACAGCAUGCGGAGAAAUCCAACUGCAUGCACUCAGAGACACAAAGGACGGCAGGUGUCUGUUGGACCACGUCUCAAGCACUGAACUGGGUCCUAACAGAUUAGCUUUGUCACUCGACUGGUCAACAGGAAGAGGUGACAGCACUGACCCCCGGAUGGUGACCAGCGACUCGACCGGCUCUCUCACGGUGUUGUCUCUGGCUGAAGAUAACCUCAGCGCCGUGGCACAGUGGAAAGCUCAUGACUUUGAGGCCUGGAUUUCGGCUUUCAGUUACUGGGACACGCAGCUGGUUUAUUCAGGUGGUGAUGACUGCAAACUUAAGGGCUGGGAUCUGAGGAUGGCCCCUUCUUCCCCCACAUUCACCAGCAAAAGGCACACGAUGGGAGUGUGUAGCAUACACAGCAACCCUCACCGCGAGCACAUCUUAGCCACAGGCAGUUAUGAUGAAAACGUGCUAUUAUGGGAUGAAAGGAAUAUGCGGCAGCCUCUCAGUGAAACCCCAGCAGGUGGAGGAGUCUGGAGACUGAAAUGGCACCCUGUUCACGAACACCUGCUGUUAGCUGCGUGCAUGCACAACGACUUUCACAUUCUUCACUGCCAGCAAGCCACGGAUGGAAACGGAGGCCCGUGCCCCAUCCUGGCGUCUUACAUCCUUCACAACUCAUUAGCAUACGGAGCCGACUGGUCACGUCUUCCCCUGACCGGCCCUCCGCCCUCCUCCCCUCCUCCAGAAGCAACACCAGCCAGCAUCACCCUCGAAGAGCCCAAAGGUCACCUCAGGAUCCAGUAUGAAUCCCCGACUGCCAGCUUUGACACCUCGCUGGAGGAUGAGUACGGAUGUUACGUCCCCGAUCACGCCACUGCUGUCUCGGCUCCAGCUCCUGUCCCUGACGUCGCAGACAACUCUGCCUCUUUAUCCUGUCUGCUGGCGUCCUGCUCUUUCUACGACCACAUGCUGCACGUGUGGAGAUGGGACUGGAGACCGGAAACUGAGACGCAAUCGGGAGAGACCGGGCCUAGUCUCUCAAUCUGACUGUUCUCUUUGAACGGAUGCAGAACGAAAAGAAAAGCAAAUCUGAGUUCUUUUGAGAAUAAACAAGGUAUUCUGGGACUUAAGAGAGACUACAGCUAAUUAACAUCCUGUGUGUCCCUUUCACAUGGGGUUUGAGAUCUUCCAGGCAUUUCCUUCAUAUGUAAUAAUUUCCUACUGUUGGAUCAGCUAUGCACAGAAACACAUACAGAUACCAAUAAAUUACACUUAUACAUUUUUCUUA